GGCCUUAGUAAGUCCAAUAAACAUAAAACUUCCACGUCACACGGAGGUUUCGAACGUCGUUUUCCAUUUUCUGAUUUUCCCUCAACUGACCGGAAGUGAAACGCCUUUACGAAUUACGAGAACUACUCUCCCUGCCUCCGUGGAGACCAACGAUAAAUCGCCCAAAGUUUGUGUUUUGUCGCACGAAGAACAAAUGGAUCCCGACAGGUUGAAUUCUCCAAGCACCUGUACAGUAACCCUUGAGGUUUUGGGACACGAAUUAAACUUUGCUCAGGAUCCAAAUUCUAAGCAUUUAGGAACAACCGUGUGGGAUGCGUCCAUGGUGUUUGCCAAAUAUCUGGGGAAAAAUUGCAGGAAGGGAAGGUUUAGUCCGUCUAAACUGAAAGGGAAACGUGUUAUUGAGCUCGGAGCGGGUUGCGGCGUUGCAGGAUUUGCUCUGGCGAUGCUGGGCUGUGAUGUGAUUUCAACUGACCAAAAGGAGGUUUUGCCACUGCUAAAGAGGAAUGUAGAAUGGAACACGUCCACAAUCUUGCAGAUGAAUUCUGGUUCAGCAUCAUUUGGAUCUCUCCGAGUUGCAGAGCUCGACUGGGGAAAUGAAGAUCAUAUAAGGGCUGUAGAGCCGCCAUUUGACUAUGUCAUUGGUACUGAUGUUGUAUACGCUGAGCAGCUUCUGGAGCCCCUGUUGCACACGAUACUUGCACUGUCAGGGCCAAAGACUACAGUUAUGUUGGGAUACGAGAUACGUUCGACGAUUGUUCAUGACAAAAUGCUUCGGAUGUGGAAAGACAAUUUCGAAGUCAAAACCAUACCGAGAUCCAAGAUGGAUGGUGAAUACCAAGACCCGAGCAUUCAUCUGUACAUCAUGUCACAGAAAUCUUCUGCGGAGAGCUCUGGAAAUGCGACCCAAGAUGAAGUUGUUGACACGGCUGAAACAAAAUGUGAGACGAAAACCUCAACCAUAGAAUGCCAUGUUUUGCCAAAUCUGUUGGAGGAGGAAGCCGUUGCUACACAUCGUCCUCGUCUUAAAGAAGAUAGUUUGUUGAUGAGAUUACGGGACGGAAAGCUGAGUGAAUGGGAGAUGAGAAGGUAUGGUACAGUUGCUGCACAGCUUCUCCGUGACGUUAAAAUAGAUGUUCAGGUUAAAAAAUGACUUUGCAUAAAGCACCUUCAGAGCCAUGUUCCCCAAGAUCUCAACAGUUUUUCUUUUUUACCUCUUUGGUAUUAUGGACAAUGUAUACAAGGAUUCCUCAAGAUCUCAACCGUUUUUUCUCUUCUUUUUUUUCAACAUUUUUUGGUACCCUAUCAUGGACAAUGUGUACAAUGAAUCCUCCAGACUUCUUUCUUUCAAUGAUC